AUGGACAACAAGCUGCUCUUCGGGGUGAGAACAGCGAAACUAAAAAUACUCCGCUCCAAUGAGCCGAUUCCAGAGGCUGAUAUCGAGGAUGCCAACCCGAUGAAAGUGGUCCAGGCAAAUCUUAGGUACUCUAAGGCUGCCUCGGACAAGCUCCUGGUCUUCCUAAGGGAGGAAGACAUCGACAUCUCGUUGAUACAGGAACCUUGGUAUAUCAGCUCACCAGAUACUACAGUCGUCAACUUGGAGUUGAUGAAUAAACAAAGCUGUCUUAUAUCAUCCGUAUACAUGGCGCACGACAGGCCGUGUCCGCCACAGGAAGUCGCCACUUUACAAAGGCUAGCAGGAGCUAGUCCAGUGUUACUCGGUUGCGAUGCCAAUUCAAGACGUACAUUAUCGGGCAGCUCGGAAACCAACGAAAGAGGUAGUACUCCCACCUUCAUAUUUGCUAGUACUCCUGAUUUUUGCGGUUGGGAAGAGGUCCUAGACCUAGCUCUGCUGACCGAGGGGAGCCUAAAGGUCAAUAAAUGGAGAGUAUCCGACGAAGAGACUCUCUCGGACCACCGUCGAAUACUCUUUGAGCUAAAUAUUGCGGCGGAUACGCCCACUCCCUUUAGAAACCCUCGUAAAACAGAUUGGGACUUAUUUCAAAAGGUUAUUGGAAAAGAAUUGAAGAAACUACCAGUUGAAGACAUUCCUACAAGGGGCGAGCUGGACGCCAAAGUGGACAGCCUGAAUAAGACCUUGGGUACCGAUGCCCCAGACCAUAUACCAACCUUCUCCGAGGACCUCUUAGAGGAGCUACUAGAUAGGGAAAAGAUAAAAUUUGCUAUCGUCAGCUUCUCACCCUAUAAAUUACCAGCGGGCAAACGGGGCCAUGACAAUGCUAAAGAUUUCCGACCAAUAAGCUUAAUGUCCUUCGUGCUCAAGACGUUUGAGAGGCUGUUGGAUCUGUAUGUUAGGGACAAGACGUCCAAUUUAUCAUGCUCUCAACAUGCGUACUUGAAAGGGAAGUCAACGGAGACUGCCCUACAUGAAGUGGUACGUACAAUUGAGAGUUCGCUCUACUAUAAACAAUUUACAAUGGAGUCCUUUAUAGACAUCGAGGGGGCCUUUAAUAAUGUCAGUGCAGAUUCCAUUCAUGAGGCACUUAUGGAAACAGGGAUUGAUCACUGUGUCCGGGCUUGGAUAGUGUCUCUGCUAAGGAGCAGAUUAAUACAUGCCUAA